AUGGGUAUAACGUUAUGUGAGCUCAGUAUCUCGUAGCCACGGAAGCAUGGCUUAGGAGGUGAGGCCCGCCUACUCUAACGUCAUCACGCUGACCCCGCUGUGCUGCGUAACGUGGAGACAGCGGCUUAGUGAAGCGGAGGAAGAGCAGAGCUGAGUGGCCACUGUCAUGGUGAUGAAAGCGUCUAUGGAAGAUGAUGACUCUGGAUGGGACAUUUCCAUGCAGGACAAGAUGGGCAAGACCAAUACCAACUGGAUAGAUAUAACACACGAAUUCAGAGAUGCAUGUAGUGAGUUGAAGCUGGGUGAGCUGCUACAUGACAAGCUCUUUGGCCUUUUUGAAGCUAUGUCAGCCAUUGAAAUGAUGGAUCCAAAGAUGGAUGCUGGAAUGAUUGGGAAUCAGGUUAAUCGAAAGGUUCUGAAUUUUGAACAAGCAAUAAAGGAUGGAAGCAUUAAAAUUAAAGAUUUAAAAUGGCCAGAUUUAAUUGGCAUUAUGGAUACAUGCUUUUGUUGUUUGAUAACAUGGUUGGAGGGUCACUCUUUAGCGCAGACUGUAUUCACUUGCCUUUAUGUACAUAAUCCUGAUUUCAUAGAAGAUCCAGCUAUGAAAGCAUUUGCACUAGGAAUCCUAAAGAUAUGUGAUAUUGCUAGAGAAAAAGUAAACAAAGCUGCCGUAUUUGAAGAGGAGGACUUCCAGUCCAUGACAUAUGGGUUUAAAAUGGCCAAUAAUGUAACAGAUCUCAGAGUUACAGGAAUGUUAAAGGAUGUUGAAGAUGACUUGCAGAGGAGAGUAAAGAGUACCAGGAGUCGACAAGGUGAAGCAAGAGAUCCUGAAGUAGAGCUUGAGCACCAGCAGUGUUUAGCGCUAUUCAGCAGAGUAAAGUUUACUCGUGUUUUGCUAACCGUAUUGAUAGCUUUUACAAAGAAAGAGACAAGUGCAGUGGUAGAGGCAUCAAAGCUAAUAAGCCAAGCAACUGACCUUCUCUCUGCUAUUCAGAACUCUCUUUCACUCGGCAUUCAAGCCCAGAAUGACACCACCAAAGGCGAUCACCCGAUCAUGAUGGGAUUCGAGCCUUUGGUCAACCAGAGGUUGCUACCGCCAACGUUUCCUCGUUAUGCAAAAAUAAUUAAGAAAGAAGAAAUGGUGCAUUAUUUUUAUAAAUUAAUUGACCGGAUAAAAACUGUGUGUGACAUUGUCACCCUAACUAACCUUCACAGUAUAUUGGAUUUCUUCUGUGAAUUUAGCGAGCAAUCUCCCUGUGUACUUUCAAGAUCUCUCUUGCAGACCACUUUUUUAGUGGAUAAUAAAAAAGUUUUUGGAACUCAUCUAAUGCAAGACAUGAUAAAAGAUGCAUUGCGGUCCUUUGUGAGCCCUCCUGUCCUGUCUCCAAAAUGCUGCUUAUAUAAUAAUCAUCAAGCAAAAGACUAUAUCGAUUCAUUUGUCACCCACUGUGUACGGCCGUUUUGUAGCCUAAUUCAGAUUCAUGGUCACAACAGAGCUCGCCAGAGGGACAAACUUGGUCAUAUCCUGGAAGAUUUUGCAACUUUACAAGAUGAGGCUGAGAAGGUGGAUGCUGCUCUCCAUAGCAUGCUGCUCAAACAGGAACCACAGAGGCAACAUUUAGCAUGUUUGGGAACCUGGGUGCUAUAUCAUAAUUUGCGUAUUAUGAUCCAGUAUUUACUGAGCGGUUUUGAACUGGAACUUUAUAGCAUGCAUGAAUACUACUACAUCUAUUGGUAUCUUUCUGAAUUCCUUUAUGCUUGGCUGAUGUCCACACUUAGUCGGGCUGAUAGCUCCCAGAUGGCAGAAGAGCGCAUAAUGGAAGAACAACAGAAAGGACGCAGCAGCAAAAAGACAAAAAAGAAAAAGAAAGUUCGUCCAUUGAGUAGAGAAAUAACGCUAAGCCAAGCAUACCAGAACAUGUGUGCAGGGAUGUACAAGACAAUGAUUGCAUUUGACAUGGAUGGAAAAGUGAGAAAACCCAAAUUUGAGUUGGACAGUGAGCAGGUUCGAUAUGAGCACAGGUUUGCACCAUUCAACAGUGUUAUCACCCCACCACCAGUGCACUAUCUACAGUUUAAGGAAAUGUCUGAUUUAAAUAAGUACAGCCCCACUCCUCAAUCUUCAGACCUUUACAUGGCCGCAAGUAAACACUUCCAACAAGCAAGAAUGAUUUUGGAAAACAUCACGAAUCAAGAUCAGGAGGUCAAUGACAUUUUGAAGGUAUCCAAAAAUAAUAUAGUGGUAAUGAAGUUGCUUGCCGGAGGCCAUAAAAAAGACUCUAAGGUACCCCCUGAGUUUGACUUUUCUGCACACAAGUAUUUUCCUGCUGUGAAACUGGUAUAAAAGAUCAGUUAAGAGACUGACAUUUUACAAGGCACCUGCUCUGGUCUGUUUAAUGUGCAGAUUGCAGGACACAGUCAUCUGAUUUUUAAGUGCACUGGUUACUUUUCUGUAAAGCCACAAGGUGGACAAUCUUUGUAAAUUGGCUGUGUGGGAUAUAAUUAUGUUAUACACCAUUGUUUUCCAUUAAAUAUUUAAAACAU